UUUUUUUUGUUUGCAUGAAAAAGUGAGGCUGUUUUUUGGCCAUCACACAGCUGGCAUUAAUACCACCAAUCGCAAUGAUGGUUGAGAAGCCUGUAAAUAUCAGAGUGCAUUCCGAUUGGUACCACUUUCUAUCAAGAUAUCCUUCAUAAAAGGUUGCCUAGUUUAACCAAUAUCAAUUAUGAGAGGUCUUUUGUCACUAAUGUUGUGUCCCAAGGGAAGCUAUCUCAACAACUGCUGGAUGCAACCCCAUAAAAUUUGGUACUGAUAUUCAUGAUGAUCAGAGGACGAAUCCUAAUGACAAGAUGACACCCUGAUUGCAAUGAUAUUUAGCACUCAUAUCCAUCUCUGCCUCAGGAACAGUUGUAGUGUCUGUGGGAGUAUCCUGGCCAUUGUAGAUCAUCAUAAGGCCAAAACAUAAGCUUACAACCAAAUAUCUACUAAAAUUUGCAUUCUCAUUAUCCUCUCCUUUCUGCAUGUUUUUCAUAAAAAUGUUACACUAUAUGGACCAAAGCAUUUUGCCACCUGACCCCAACAGGGACUGUAAUGACAUUGCAUUCAAAUACAUAUACAUUAAUAUAGAGGGAUCCCUUUCGCAGCUGUAAUAGCUUCUACUCUUCUUGAGAGGGUUUCCACAAACUUUUGGAGUGUUUCUGUGGGAAUUUGUGCCCAUUCCUUCUGUAGAGCAUUUAUGAGUUCAGGCAGUGGAGCUGGAUGAGAAGAAAUCAACUCCAGGUCAUCCCAAAGGUGCUCGAUACGGUUAACGUCAGGGCUUUGUUCUUCCACACCGAACUCAUCAAACCAUGUCUUUAUAGUCCUUGCUUUGUGCAUUGGGGCACAGACAUGCUGGAACAGAAAAGGGCUUUCCCCAAAGUGUUGCCACAAAGUUGGAAGCAUAGUAUUGUCCAAAACGUCUUGGUAUGUGGAAGCAUUAAGAUUUUCAGGGUCAAACCCUGAAAAACAGCCCCAUGCCAUUAUCCCUCCUCCACCAAACUUCAAACUUGGCACAGUACAGUCAGGCAAGUAAUGUUCUCCUGGCAUCCAAACCCAGACUCGCCCAUCUGACUGCCAACAGAGCAGCUUUACACCACUCCAUCCAAUGCCAAGCAUUAACUUAAUGAUGUAAGGCUUGCAUUGCAGCUGCUCAGCCACAGAAACCCAUUCGAUGAAGCCUCUGCUGCACAGUUUUUGUGCUCAUAUUAAUGUCAGUGGGAGUUCAGAACUCUUCAUGGAUGGAAUCAGCAGAGUAUUGGCAACUUUUAUGAAACCAUGCAUCUUAGCAGUUGUUGACCUUGCUCUGUGAUUCUGUGUGGUUUUCCACUUCAUGGCUGAGUUGCUGUUGUUCCUAAAUGCUUCCACUCUCUAAUGACAUCAUUUACAGCUGAGCUGGCACUGUGUGGUACUGUGGCAUCAUCACAGUACCACGCUUCAAGUCACUGAGCUCUUCAGAACAAAUGUUUUGCAAAUGGAGAUUGCAACUGGUCUGAUUUAAACACCUGAAUUCAGCAAUUAACAAGUGUGGUCAAAUACUUUUGACCAUCCCACUGAAGUAGGUAAUCAUUCUGAGCAGUAUACCAGUUUAUAAGUUAGCAAGUUAACGUUAGCUUCUAGCCAUAUAUAAAUUAGUUUACUUUGUAGGACAUCUGGACCAACGUUCAUUGGCCAGCAACAACUACUAAAUCAUAUUUACAAGUGCAAGCUGGACGGGUUUUAUAGCUUAAACAUAUCCUUUAAUAAUGAAUUGUAAUUUUCAACACUAGAGUCUAUAGCUCAUUAAAAUAUGAGUAUCAAUAGUUGCCAAGUUCUUGAACAUCUUCUCUAACCAGCAGAUAAAAUCAGUGGCACAUUGUACCUAUGACUACAGAGUCACAGAUGCACAAUAAGUUCAACAUUUCUUUCCACAAACACCUGGGUUUAUUCUUCUUGCCUCAGAUUUGCAAUCACAUUUUUAUAUAAGCCCCCCAAAAUUUGCCUAAUUAUCUACUCUAACAACAAUUUAGCAACCAAGUACAGAGAAUAAUAUGAAAGCAGCUUUGCUUUUCAUAAAGUUAGUUAAAAGGCCACUUAUUUUGCAGAUUAUUUGCAUUGCAGCAGGGAUCAAGUUUUAAAGGUAACAGAAACAUGUACUUUGUUUUAACAAUGUCUGUAAUUUACUUUACAGAGUACCCUGGUCCACGUGUUGAAUCCUUCUUUGCAGUCUUUCAGUAUUGUUUUGAGGAACUGCUUUGUUUGAAUGUUUGAAAUCAUUCUUUGUACUUGCUUGGGCAAUAAAAAGAAGAAAAAAAGUGUUGUUGUUCUUUUGUGGUUUUAGGUAUUGGGAGGAAAUGUCAUGCCGUGUCCUUCCUAACUACUUGUGAAAUAUGAAGUGUUGAAACCUGAGUGGCUGGUGAAAGCUAGAGUAGAUAUAUGGACAUUUAACUGCGGCAGGAAUACACCUGCUCAAUGUGAGCGUUUGUGUCCAGCUGUCUAACAAUAGACUGACAAGCCAUAGGGUGCUGCAGUCACAUGAGUAAGAAGGGCCGGACUACGUAUCCUUGAUGCUCAGCCUGACUGUCAAGUAGCUGAAGUCUGUCGCUCGUCUCUGAGCUCCCUCUGUCUUGCUCACAGAGCUCAUCCAUAACAAAAUGUCUGACACAGAGGAAGUCGUGGAGGAGGAAGUUCAGGAGGAAGAAGCCCAAGAAGAGGCAACAGAUGAGUCGAAGCCAAAACCAAAGUUUAUGACAAAUAUCACUGCCCCAAAGAUCCCGGAUGGUGAAAAAGUGGACUUUGAUGACAUCCACAGAAAGCGUCAGGAGAAGGAUCUGUCUGAGCUGCAAUCUCUGAUCGAAGCUCACUUCAUCCAGAGGAAGAAGGAGGAGGAGGAGCUCAUUGCUCUUGUUAACAGAAUUGAGAAACGUCGAGCUGAGAGAGCGGAGCAGCAAAGGAUCCGAGCAGAGAGGGAGAAGGAGAGACAGGCCAGGCUCGCUGAGGAGAAGGAGCGCAAGGAGCUGGAGGAGCAGAGGAAGAAACAGGAUGAGGAUGCCAAGAAGAAGAAGGCUCUCACCAACAUGACCCAGCAGUACAGUGCUGGACAAAAGAGCGAGAGCAGAAGAGGAGGCAAGAAACAAACCGAGAGGGAGAAGAAGAAGAAGAUCCUGGCUGAACGCAGGAAGCCACUCAAUGUGGAUCACCUCAAUGAGGACAAACUGAAGGAGAAGGCCAACGAGCUGUGGCAGUGGCUGAUGGGCCUCGAGGCUGAGAAGUUCGAUCUCAGUGAGAAACUUAAAAGACAGAAGUAUGAUAUUAACCAACUUCUUGCCCGAGUUCAGGACCACCAGAGCGCCAAAGGUCGUGGCAAGGGCAAGAUGGGUGGCCGUCUGAGGUAAAGAAGCAGCCCGAGAGGGACAAGUGAAGUCCGACGCUAUUGAUCAGCCCACGAGUCUGUUUGUGUAUUCAUUGUUCUGUUGUGUUGGGUUCCAUUUCAUUAUCAUGAUAGCAAAACAAUAAAUAAGUCAUUACAAUCA